GAUCACAUGACUAGAACCAGAACCAGAACCGGGACCAGAACCAGAACCGGGACCAGACCGGGACCAGACCGCUUCAACUACAAACUGAUCAGCCGCAAAAAGUCAACACCACCUCCUACUUCUCCUCCAUCACCUCCUCCUACUUCUCCUACUUCUCCUCCAUCACCUCCUCCUGCCAUGAAUCCUCCUGCAGAUUCUCCCUUCCGUCAGAAGGAGAAGCAGAGGAGGAGGUCAGAAGUGGAGGAAUGUCCUUUACCUCUGGACAUUGAUACACCUGAGAGAGAAGAGAAGAAGAAGAAGAAGACGACCAAAAGGGAGGAAGAGGAGAUCAGUGUUUCUCCCUCUGCUGCUGAUGAAGAGGAGAGCAGCCAGAAGGGGAGUAAGAAGAGGAAGAAGAAGAAGGAGAGGCAGGAAGUGGUAGAGGACACGCUGGUUGCUGUAGAAACCAGUGAGACAGAAAAGAAGAAGAAGAAGAAGAAGAAUAAAAAACACAAGAAGGAGCUGAUUGAGGAAGGCAUAUCCACGGUAACAACAGACCAUAAACACACAGGAACAGACUUCUUGGUUUCCAUGGAAACAAGCAACACCGGAAUGAAGAAAAAGAAAGAUGGGCGUGUGGUGGAAGUAAAGUUACAGGAAGGAGAGGAGAAGAAGAAGAAGAGAAAACAGGAGAGGAGAGGAGGGGGAGUAAAGAAGAGUCCAAAGAGAAGAGCAGCUGUAGAAGAAGAGCAGGUUGACUGGCCGUUGUUGGAGGAGCUGCAGGAGUUUGUUCCAGACAUCAAGAAGAGAUCAGUCGAUCAGAUCAAUACACUUCUGAGAUACGACCUGCACCGCUUCAAACACUUCAAACAGCAAGGUGUGCCUCUGCGAUGGGGGCGGUGCUCUCAGCAGGAGAAUCAGCAAAUUAAAGAAAAUGUUGCAGACUUCCUGGCUCUGACAGGCAUCAGCUCGGCCAAUCAGCUUCUGUUUCCUCAGAGGUACAAAGGGCAGGAGGCGGAGAUCAAGAAGCUUAGAGUACAACAUCACUUCCUGGAGAGCAUUGCUGAGGGGAUUCCUCGGCCGUGUCUGCAGGUUUGCACCAGAGCCAAGAAGAUGUUUGACGACAGGAACCACAUGGGAAGGUUCUCGGAGGAGGAGUUGCGUUCUCUGAUGAAGUUACAGAAUCUCCAUGGUAACGACUGGAGGAAGAUCUCUGAGAAGCUCAACCGCAGCGUGUUCUCCCUUCAGAAACGCUUCGCCCACAUCGCUGCAGGUCGUGGUUCGUGGAGUUUAGAUGAGGAGUCCAGAUUGAAGCAGGCUGUAAAGGAUCACCUUGAGGCUCUGGUCCAUCAAAAUUCUGCAGAUCCUGGUCUGAGCAGGGACCAGCUGUGUAACAACCUGCCCUGGAAGGAGAUCAGUCAGAAGGUCGGGACCAGAAAUUGGACCCAGUGUCGGCUCAAGUGGUUCUCCAUCCUGAAGUGUAAACUGGCUUCAGGUUUAAGCACCUUCAAUAGAGGACCUGAAGGACUUGAGGCUAAAAUCAAGCUCAUCAACAC